UUAUAUCCCCCCAAUCUUUUAUCAUCGCUCUUUCCUGUUUGUGAAUUGCUGGGCAGUGGGCACACUCCCAUGCGGGGACUAUCAAGAACCAGAGCCUUACUUUUCCCUAAACCUUCAAAAUUUUCUUCAUCGACUUCGUUUCCCGCCAUUCCCAUUCUUGAUAAUGCAAACUCAAAUUUCCAUCCAACUGUAAAAUCACUCUCUCAGCUGCUAAUCCAACGCCCACCCAUAUCUCAGCUCAAGCAAAUUCAUGCCCAAAUUCUCAGUUUAUCACUCUCUUCACACCCUUCUUUAACCGACUCUCUUAUCCACUGCUAUCACUUCGCCGACGACCUUUUCUCUGCUAGAGUUUUGUUCAACAAAUACCCUUUGCCCACACCGCCAAUCUUGAUAUGGAAUCUCAUGAUCCGAGCUUACUCUAAGCUUCAAAAUUCUCUUGAACCCAUCAAUAUUUUUCGAAAAAUGCUAGCUUUAGACCACCCCUUUCGGGUUAUUCCUGAUGAGUACACAUUCACUUUCCUCAUCACAUCAUGUGCCCACCAAAUGUCGUUGGUGCAUGGCGUAAUUGCACAUGGACUAGUGAUGAAAAUUGGGUAUGCGGCGAAUUUGUAUGUGGCCAAUUCGUUGGUUAAUAUGUAUGGCAUUUUCAAGAGAACAGAUGACGCUUGCAUGGUGUUUGAUGAAAUGCCUGAGAGAGAUGUGUUCUCAUGGACUAGUUUAGUAUGUGGGUAUGCAAAAAAUGGAGAGAUGUGCCGAGCACUUGAAGCCUUUGGUAAAAUGCCAGUGCGCAAUGAUGUUUCCUGGGCUGUAAUGGUUUCUGGUUUUGUUGGAAGUGGGAGGUACAUGGAAGCUCUACGAUGUUUUCGUGAAAUGUUGUUUGGCAGUGAGUAUAAGGUAAAGCCUAAUGAGGCUGUUCUUGUUUGUGCUCUCUCUGCUUGUGCUCAUCUAGGAGCCUUGGAACAGGGUAAUUGGAUUCACAGUUAUAUUGACAAAAGUGGAAUUCCAUAUACUUCAAAUGUAUUCACUGCUCUUGUUGAUAUGUAUGCAAAAUGUGGGAGAAUAGAUUGUGCAGAAUUUGUAUUUAAUAAAAUCAAAAGACCAGAUGUUCACAAUUUUACGAGUAUGAUAUCUGGGCUGUCUAUUUAUGGACUUGGUAAAGAAGCCUUCAAUGUGUUUAAUCGGAUGUUAGAUGAAAAAAUCAGUCCAAACAAAGUGACAAUUUUAGGAGUUCUAAAUGGUUGUAGCCAUUCAGGUCUUGUGGAAGAGGGUUCCUCAGUCUUCUAUAAUAUGGAGAGCUCAUGGGGGAUUGAACCCAAGAUUGAGCACUAUGGCUGUUAUGUCGAUUUACUUGGCCGUGCUGGUUACUUGGAGAAGGCACUUGAAGUAGUCCAAAGCAUGCCAAUGGAACCUGAUAUUAUUUUAUGGAGGGCUUUGCUCAGUGCAUGUAGAAUUCAUCGUAAUGCUGAUCUUGGAGAGAGCAUUAUAAACUAUAUUAAGGACCUUGGAUCUUGUGGAUCUAGUGGAGGUGAGGUGCUUCUUUCUAACUUGUAUGCUUCUCUAGGGAGAUGGGAGAAAGUUAUUGAACUGAGGAAGACAAUGGGUGAGAGGAAAAAUCAACCCGAUAUUGGUUAUAGCUGGAUUGAAGUGAAUGGUGUUGUUCAUGAGUUUCGUGUUGCUGAAAAGUUGCACCCACAGAUUUUAGAAAUUCAGGAAAAAUUAAAAGAAGUAUUGAACAAGGCUCGUGAAGCAGGUUAUGUUGCUAAUACCAUGCAUGUAUCAUUUGAUCUUAUUGAAGAGGAGAAGGAGCAUGCCGUGGCAUGGCAUAGUGAGAAGCUAGCUGUUGCUUAUGGACUGCUAAGUACUAUGUCUGGGACUACUAUCCGCAUAGUUAAAAAUUUGAGAACUUGUGAAGAUUGUCAUUCUGCUCUGAAGGCCAUUUCAAAAGUUUAUAAAAGAGAAAUUAUUGUGAGAGACCGCUCUCGUUUCCACACUUUCAGAGGAGGAAAUUGUUUAUGCAAUGACUAUUGGUAGUUUUUACUUUGCAGUGUUGAAAGCAUUUGAUACAAAUAAAGAAUGAUCAAGACCAAUGUUAUUAACAGGAUACUAUAGAGUAUUGUAGUUCAAGCUUUGCAUUUUUAGAGUGAACUGUAUACAAUGCAAUCAAGCAAUAUUGAAUAUGGAGUUAAAGCUUUGCACUCGGAUAUAAGCUGUUACGACAAUUUCUGAUUUUCCAAAUUUGGUGGAUGGCAUCUUUUGUAGCACAUUUCACUUUCCACUUCAGCAUUAUCUGAGCUUCUUGCCAGAAUCUGGAGCUGACAAGAAUUCAAGUAGGUUUCAUCCAGAAUACUUCUGAAUGAUUUCCAAAUCUUGGCAAUAAGGCCCAAAAGUCUACCACCUGGUUGAAUUAAACACAUUUACAGCUGAGGCACUGAGAGCUUGCCAGAUUUAAUUGGCCCAAAGGGGAGGGGAUAGGAACCACUUUUUCUGGUGAAGAUUGUUGUGCAACACACUUUUAUUCAAUUAAAAGUAUUCUUCUACACCAUGAAAACAUUAUUGUAAUGGUUUAAGGCCUCUGAAAGUUUAGGUGGAGAUGCUUGAGAUGCAAUGAUUACUGGUUAGUUACAAGUUCUUUCACCCAUCUGAAUAGAGAAUUGCAAAUUAAAUGAAGCUCCCAUCACCAGAGAUGAUAUGCCUGCUUUAUGAAGCUGGACCACCAUUACAUUAAUGGUCAGAUUUGGGUUUGAUUGAUUACAACUUCCAUCCUCAAGUUGUAAACAAGCUGUAAGUUUCCUCUAUAUCAAGUGUACCUGUUACUGCCCUAGCUCCUCUACUUUAUAGGGCCACUUCACUCUUUUCCAUUUCAAGUAAAAUAUGUUUAUCUGGGAUUGAUUUUUAUGUUCUUGAAGAUCAAGUUUCUCAAUAGAGAUUCAAUUUGUAUAUGCUAAUCUUGUUCAGUAUAUUAUACAGUAGCAAAAAAGGGACAGAAAAAGAAGAGAAAAGCUACUUUUUAUUUUAUUCUUGAAGGGCAUAUCAGAAAAAGGGAAAGAAGGAUCUAAUGGAAACUAGGAGGAGAAAUGAUUCCACUUCUCCCAAUGCAACAGAGUUGGCUGAUAUGAUUGCUCAAAGUCAAAAAUGUACAAAGCAUGAUGACCACAAAGUAUUCUCUAAAGCUUUGCUCAGCUCUCUAUUCAUUCUUUCAUAUAUACAAAAUUGUCUUUGUUUUUUGAGUUACCCUAGUCAAGACGACUAAAGAUACAAACUUGUAACCAACCCUUUUGGUUUGAGCCGUUUAGCUGUUUAUCUCCUUUUGGUCCUUUGCCGGCUAAGAUCACAAGGUGGGGUUUACCCAGUACACACCUUAAGAUAGUGACUGCGGGUUUCCCUUGUCAC